AUGUCGUCCAAGGUCAAGGCUGGUCAGCUCUGGGGAAAGAGCAAGGAUGACCUCACCAAGCAGUUGGAGGAGUUGAAGACCGAGCUCAGCCAGCUCCGUGUCCAGAAGAUCGCCAACGGUGCCUCGUCGAAGACCACGAGAAUCCACGACGUUCGCAAGUCGAUCGCUCGCGUUCUCACCGUCAUCAACGCCAACCAGCGCGCCCAGCUCCGCCUGUUCUACCAGAACAAGAAGUACGCUCCCCUCGACCUCCGCGCCAAGCAGACCCGCGCCAUCCGCCGCCGCCUCACCAAGCACGAGGCCACCCUCAAGACCGAGCGCCAGCGCAAGAAGGAGAUCCACUUCCCCCAGCGCAAGUACGCUGUUAAGGCUUAA